AUAACUGACGUCACGCCAGUGGUACGCCAUUUUGUAAGUGUCCGCCGUAGUCAAUUUUCUCGGUUUAGUGAAAAAUAGUUUAUUCGCAUGGUUUUGUGUACGCUUAAAAGAUAAGACACUUUUAAACCUAAUUUAACGUCUUGUACGUUAAUUUCACAAACCACAAGUAUGGAGGACAAGGCGGCGCUAAAGGAAUUGGAUCAAUGGAUAGAGCAGCUAAACGAAUGCAAGCAAUUGACAGAAAAUCAAGUCAAAACGUUAUGCGACAAGGCAAAAGAGAUUCUGACUAAGGAAUCCAACGUCCAGGAGGUGAAAUGUCCCGUGACCGUAUGCGGCGACGUGCACGGGCAGUUCCACGACCUGAUGGAACUGUUCCGCAUCGGCGGACGGUCCCCGGACACCAACUACCUGUUCAUGGGGGACUACGUCGAUCGCGGGUACUACAGCGUCGAGACUGUCACAUUGCUGGUUGCCCUUAAGGUGCGCUACCGGGAGAGAAUAACGAUCCUGCGCGGCAACCACGAGUCGCGCCAGAUCACGCAAGUGUACGGUUUCUACGACGAAUGUCUGCGCAAGUACGGGAACGCCUCCGUGUGGAAGCACUUCACCGACCUCUUCGACUUCCUGCCGCUCACCGCGCUCGUCGACGGACAGAUCUUCUGCCUUCACGGCGGCCUCAGCCCGUCCAUCGACACCCUGGACCACAUCCGCGCGCUGGACCGCCUGCAGGAGGUGCCGCACGAGGGGCCCAUGUGCGACCUGCUAUGGAGCGACCCCGACGACAGAGGCGGAUGGGGCAUAUCGCCUCGCGGCGCCGGCUACACGUUCGGGCAGGACAUCUCGGAGACGUUCAACCACAGCAACGGCCUGACGCUGGUCUCGCGCGCCCACCAGCUCGUCAUGGAGGGCUACAACUGGUGCCACGACCGGAAUGUCGUCACCAUAUUCUCAGCGCCCAACUACUGCUAUAGGUGCGGUAACCAAGCCGCCAUUAUGGAAUUGGAUGAUGCGCUUAAGUACUCAUUCCUUCAGUUCGACCCGGCCCCGCGGCGCGGCGAGCCCCACGUGACGCGGCGAACGCCGGAUUACUUCAUGUAGGCUGCAUCGGAGGCGCACAUCAAGCAGUCGGGCGACGGCGGUGGUGUGGGACGCAGCGGGGGCGGAGGCGGGGGCGGACGCGGAGGCGGGGUGAAGCGCGGCCGGGCUCGGGCCCGCGCGCGGCGGGCGGCGCGCGCGCACGUGGCCCGCGCCGCGCGCCGCCUGCUCGCCCGCGCGCGCGUCGCCUCCUGGCUCGCCUCCGUCUGACACACGCACACACACACACACACACACCCGGGAACACUCACUACACGGAACACACGCGUCGCUGCGGCGCGCCCGUAAGCGUUAGCCUACACGUUGACGCGCCCUCUUACUUAGGGUCGGUUGCACCCAACUGUCUGUCACCAGCGUUCGCUACAUUUUAUUGUAUGGGAAGUUUCAUAGUAAACCGCCGCGGCGCACCCGGUGACUUGACCACUGCAUCAAGUGUGGAUGCAACUGACACUUAACAUCACACGUCGGUAUCGCUCGAGGAAGUGGAACGUCCCGCGACGGAAACUUAGGUUAAUAUAUAGCAGUAAUUGUAUGUUUUUUUUACUGUUAAUUGUUAUGCGAUAUUUCUAAUGCGCGGUAGUCCACUUCUUCGGCGAUACGAUAUCUAAUACCUACCCAAAUAAACAAUAUGUGUAGUAAAUCGCUUGAAAAACGUCGGCAUUUAAAUUUUUUCUAAAAGCUAUGAAUGCGUCAAAUGGAAGUACUAAAUUACUUUAUUUGAAUGACUAUCGUCCAUUCAAACAUUUAUCUCUUAUUCUUGCUAUUUAAGCACUUGACUCGCACGUGGUCGUCUAGUUUCCUCGCGUGUCUCGCCUACAACUUGCCAAUGGAAACGUGCACCACGGAUAUUUUAUAAUAUAUAAUUCGAGUGCUCUAUUUGACGUUUAUGUUUACGACGAGGAAGCAAAAAUGUGCAUCGGCGCGCGCCGCUGUAGUUGUUCCGUGGUCAGAAUAUAUCGCGUGUGAGUACCGACCGCAUGCGCAUGAAGGUUCACCGUCUCAUCCCGCACGUCUCCGCCCGACACCGACCCGCUCCAACAAUAAGCUUUAUGUAGGGAUUUCUGUAAAAACGUUUGUCCUAGUGAUGAUCAGUAUGGAAACGCGCGACUUUGUUCGUAGAAGCUGGUCGGUGGCGGGCGGCCUCCCGCCGCGAGGCCUCGGCGGGUCGAGGCCGCAACGUUGGCGGGUCGAGGCCGCAACGUUGGCGGGUCGAGGCCGCAACGUUGGCGGGUCGAGGCCGCAACGUUGACGGGUCGAGGCCGCAACGUUGGCGGGUCGAGGCCGCAACGUUGGCGGGUCGAGGCCGCAACGUUGACGGGUCGAGGCCGCAACGUUGGCGGGUCGAGGCCGCAACGUUGACGGGUUGAGGCCGCAACGUUGACGGCUCGCGGCUAGUUGUAGCAUAAUUCCUGUACUUGUGUCUAAUUAUUCGGCGUCUCGCCCCGCGGUAGUCUAUGCUGGUAUGUUCAUUAUAACCUGUCCGUACCUAUUGUAUGUACACUUAUGUAUCAGACACUUAGACCUCAUUAAACAGCGUGCAUUUGCUAUCACAGUCGUUUUAUUUCGCCACCGUCGACAGUCACCAUUGACCGCGGGCCGGCAUUAUGGACAUACCACCAUGAGUCUCUGGUGACGCCUCACCCCCAUGCUUGUGACCCAUUGAGAUCGUCGUUUCGCGACAUAAUACUGUAUGUUUAUAUAAUUUUUGCAAAACUAGGCUACUGUAGAUCAAAUCCCGUUGAGUCCAUUUUAUAUAUUUUGUUUUUAGUCGAUCACUUUUAUAUUUUAACUAUUGAAUGAAUGUAAUUGUUUGAUAGUAAAUUUUAAUAUAUUGUGGACUUUGUUUUACACGCAGACUGGAUUAAAUGAAUUUUCACGUAAACUACGUUCUUGCGUUCGAUUCUGGACGCAUUCGAAAUACGUUUCUUAGGCGUGAUUCUUGGAAUCUACUGGAGGGGUAAUAAACUAAAACUAUACAGAGGACUAUAUUGUCCUAUUAUACUGUAUGUAAACUAACACUAUAGGGACGCUUGUUUCCUGGCAGAAUGGCAUUUAAAAUUAUUUUAUGUAGUUUUAUUUAUAUAUGGCCCUUUCAAGUCCCUAGAUAAAUAGCUGUAGCACUAUAUUAUGUUCAAAACAUGCCCAGUGAGGCCAUCCUGCCACGAAACGCUAUAAAGUCACGCAUUUUCGAGUUAAAUUUUCUAAAUUAUCCUUUUCUUGUGCCACAGUACUUGUACCACAAAACAAAUGUUUCACAACCGUGGAGCUUUAAUAGUUUGUUUUAAAAUUUUAUAAUCAAUUUAGGUAAUCUUGUAAAUACCUAAAGAUCAAGGCAUUACGUAGGUUGUUAUUAUUUAAAAAUAAGUUUCAAAUAUUUCCCGAAACUACUUAUUUCCAACUAUAUAAAGGCAUGGUAAGUAUAUAAAAUUAUAAUGGUAACAUUUUUAUAUGAUGGAAGCGUGAAGUAUUGAAAUCGAGAGUGAUCGUAAGUUCGGCUCGGCUCGGCCCGGGCCGAGUGCGCCGGUGGCGGCGCCCCGCAGGGGGCUAUCGUGUUUUUCAAUAUUCUUGUAUCUCCAUCUCGGUCACUCCAGUGCAAGAGGGAGAGAGAUGGAUAUUACCGAAUAUAACCCUCAGGGCCGAUUGAUACCGGAUCACUCGUUCAGCGUUUAGUGAGGCAUUUCUUUUCACUUAGAAUUUAUUUAUACAAAUUAUACUGAAAUUUAUUCCAUUAUUUUUUGACACAAAGUCUAACGGACUGUUUGUCACAGCUUCGGUAUGGUUAAUUUGUGAUCCCGGCUUGAAAGAUUAAUGAUUUAUUAUGUACUUCUAAAAUUGCACUUCGAUUGAAACGCGUGUGUAUUAAGUUAUACAAAGACUUUACCCACCAAUGUCACCUGAAGCCACACGUUUCGUUGAUCUAAGUAUUAAGUAUGUAAGUUGUAGGUAAAAAAAAGUAAUUAUAUUACCCAAAAAUACAAAAAAAGAGUAUGUAUGAUGUGGAGCUUCGUUUGAGAGAAAUAAGCCAAUUAGAACCUAAUUACAGUACGCAUAGGGUUGAUUUGACUGCAAAAUGUUGUAUUAUUUCCCCCAAACGAAGGUCGAAUAAAAUUUACAAUAAGGCUUUCCUUGCAAACGGCAUAUAAUUUAUAAAUAUCUGUUACAAUGAUGACAUUUUGUAAGAACCGAGUUUUGAAUUAUAUCAAGGACUCGAGGAAACUGCAAAUAUUUAGGUUAAUGAUAAGAUAGAGAAACCUGCGGUGCAGCAUGGUUCUAUUUUUAUCGCCUAUCACUAUGCCCGUCACUUUCGCACUAUAUUUGUUAGAACGUGACGGGCAUGUUGUCAGCCGAUAAAAAUGCGAGCGCGCUACCGCCCCUGGAGUCGUAUCCACUCAGUAAAUAAUAAUGUAAACAACCGGAGACAUACCUUUAUUCUUGCAAAUGUAUUAUGCCCGUUGAUAGGAAUUAGAUAAUAAAUAAAAUUAAUUAUAUAAA